AAUUGUGAAUUUCCCAGUUUCAAUUUGGCUUUUGUAGAUAAAUCAAUUAAAAUGAAAACCGUCAUUUUCACAUUUGCAUUGCUGCUUUCUGUGGCAACUUCCUUUAGAAUAAAUUCUGAUGGUAAAGAUUUGGGAUGUUCCCCAUCCAAUGUAAAAUGUACAAGUAAAACUACUUUCACAGUUUGUAGCACAGCACUAGAAUGGAUAGUGCUACAAAAACGCGUAAUAAAGUGUCCCUCAUACACAACAUGCGAUGAAAGAUUUAAUUAUCCGUGUGUACCAUUUCGGAAAGAAACUACAACCCCUGAAACCACUACACCAGAAACAACUACACCUUGGUGUGAUACAGAACCUGUUAAAACAAAGGAAACAACAGUGUUGUUGACAGAACCUGUUACAAUCACUACAACAGAAAAACUUGAAACUACAAAAGAAACAACUGUUACUACAGAGCAAAAACUUGAGACUACAAAAGAAACGACUGUUGCAGAACCUGUUACAAGUACUACAACGCAAAAACCUGAAACCACAAGGAAAACUACUGUUACAGAACCUGUUACAAUUUCAAUUUUAGGGCCUGUAACAACUUCAGUACUGGAACCUGAAACAACAACUUUGACAGAAGAAUUCACUACAACCAAAAAACCAACAACCACCAAGAAACCAUAUGUUCCUCAACGGGCUCCAAAGUGUACCAGAAAUGGUAAUUGGCCAGGACCAACUUGUACUUCUUAUUACCAGUGUUACUGGUACUGGUUUUCUUAUACAUCAACGUUAAUAAAUUGCCCAGCAAACCAAUAUUUCAACAUAAACUCCGCUAAAUGCGUAAAUGGAUCAUGUUAAAUGUUUACUAUCAUCAAUAAACUAUACUUUUAUUACCUCCAAUAAAUUGUGUACAUAAUGAGUAAUAAUAAAACACUAAACUAACACUUAACAAAACUUUAAUUUACCUACUAUUAUCUAUACAACUCACUUAAAAUUAGGAAAUUUCUUUAGCAAAGUAUUCACUUGUUUGGAUGACAGUUGCUUUUCUCCCGGCGUCAAAACACCCUUGGCCUCCUUAUCUUUUUUCACUUUUUUUGUGGCCAAAUGCCCGGUGUAGCAUUUCUGGAAAGAGUCGAUCUCCUUCGAACACAACUGUUGCGAAAAUUCGUUUUUCUUGAAGCAGGCCAACAUCACGGACAUUUCCUGCAGGCAGCAAACCUCCGAUGUCCGAUCCCCUUUUCCCGAAACCGCAGGUUUCAGUUUUAAAGGGAGGAUUUCCUGAAACGGCACUGGUUCUUGCGGUAUCGGUCUCGCUACUUUAGACUUGAAUAACGCCGCCGUGUAUCUCAUUUUUGCUUAGUAAGGCU